CUCCCACUAACCGCUGUCACUUGGUCUGGGUCUCUGCCCAGUAGCUCACCUAAUUGCAUUCACUGCUUCUCGUCAAAUUUCAGCCGCUAGGAAUUAGUGCUUCACCGUUGCGACAGGACGCAGGGCCCAGCCCUUCGCGUCUGUGAAUUCGAUUGAACUCCUAGACUCACUUCAGUUUCUGUAAAGCGAAAUCGAAUCAACAUCGCAAUCAUGAGUGCGCUAGAGGAUGAGAGGCUCCUUUGGGAGGAUAUGGAGAGACUGGAGCAAGCUAUUGCCGACCGCGUUCUUGAGGACCCAAAGCAUAUACGGGACCGUCUGAGUCGCGACCAUCAAAUCGCGCAGUUUCUCGACCACUUCCGAAACCAGGCCAGGCGUGCACAAAUCCUCCGCAAAGACAAGGACAAGAAACUAGCAAGCGACAUUCAGAAGUACAGGACCGGUGACCCAUUCCAGGCUUUCAACGAGGAGCUUGCGGAGAUCAAGAGCUUCCAUCGGCGUUACCCCAAUGAACCGGUCGAAAAUCUGGAGCGCGCAUACAAGAGGGGUCCAGAAGAAGCAGCCGCAGCGGUCGCAGAGCUUGAAUCUAGAUUCACGGGAGAGGAGGGAUGUGGCCGAUUCUUCGAUCUGGUGGCGCUGCAUGAGCAAUAUGUCAACCUCCAGGGCGUGAAGGAUACACGCCGUAUUCCUUAUGUGCAGUACCUUGACAUUUUCGACAUAUUCACACUUCCACAGUGCACCUUGCGGUACAACGACAAGAUGACAGAAGAUUACUUCAAAUACAUCACGUCACUUGCGAGUUACCUGGAGAGCUUCAUGGAGCGAACAAAACCGCUUGAGGAUCUAAAGAAGCUCUUCGAGUCUUUCGACAAGGAGUUUGAUGACGCGUGGGAGAAGGAUGAGGUACCAGGGUGGUCGAAGAACGGUCAGGCUGGACCAGCGGCCCCUCAAGAUGAUGCUGUCAAGGACAGUUUGUUCUGCGCGGACUGUGAGAAGAGCUUCAAGAAUGAAAAUGUCUACAAAGCACAUCUGACGGGCAAAAAACACAUCAAAGCCGUCGAACUGCGCAAAGCCCGCGGAAGCGGCAAGGAAGCUACCAACGACAACUCCGCCUCAUCAGUAAUGCCUCUCCAUCGCCUCAAGGAGCGCGCGAUUGCGGAGCGCGAGUUUCGGAUCCAUAAACUAGCAGCUGCCAUGUCGACUGAGCGUAGUGAUACUCGAGUCAACGUCGAGCGUAGGCAAGGCAUGACAGAUAAGGAACGCCAACUUGAGAUCGAUUCGAUGUAUGCAGAAAACGAGGACAACGCAGGUGGCCCUGGUGGCGAGGACGGAGGCGACUCAGACGAAGAAGGCAAAAUCUACAACCCGCUCAAGCUUCCGCUGGCGUGGGACGGCAAGCCAAUUCCGUUCUGGCUCUACAAGCUGCAUGGUCUCGGUGUCGAGUUUCCCUGCGAGAUCUGCGGUAACUUCGUGUACAUGGGCCGACGGGCGUUUGACAAGCACUUCAAUGAGGCCCGCCAUAUCUAUGGAUUGAAGUCGCUAGGUAUCACAACUACCACACUCUUUAGGGAGAUUACGAAAAUUCAGGAGGCCAUGAACUUGUGGCAGAAGAUCAACAACGACAAGAAGAAGCAGGAACAGGCGAUUGAUGGUGUUGUCCAGAUGGAGGAUUCGCAGGGCAAUGUCAUGCCGGAGAGGAUUUACAAUGAUCUGUUGAAGAAUGGUAUGCUUUGAGAGAGCUGGAGGAGCAGGGAAGAUCAACACCCCUCGACCAUACGGUAUGUUACGUGCAUCUGCGGCUACACGUUCAUGGUAGCUUUGAGUGCGACGGGGGAGAAUCACUGCAGCUGCAUGAUUACGGUAGCUUCUAGUGCAAAAAUGGGAACAAUCACGGGCGAAGCGAUGUUUCCUCGGGCCCUGGAUAUAGGGCGAUUGGAGAAGCCACCCAAGUUUGAGAAAGCAUUCGGAAUGUGAGAUAGACCCGACUUCUUGGCUGGCGGCGUGUUUGUAAGAUAACUCAUAGUUGAGAAACAGAAUGGAACUUUACAAAAUAAACGAAACCC